AUGGAGAAGAAGUCAUGCUGUGGUGGGGAUAUACUGCCGCCCUGCUGUGCCGUUGGCUCAAUCAAGGUUUCAAACACUAGUUGCGGUUGUUUGCCCGGAUUUCACCACGUUACCGGCCGUUCGUGUGUUCCUUGUCCAUCUGACACUUAUCAGGAUGAACAAGGACAAAAGUCUUGUAAGACUUGUCCAGCUAAUACAGUAACAUUUGGUAAGACAAGAAUGACAAACAAGGCCAACUGCACAGGUUGUUUGCCUGGAUUUCACUUCGUCACUGGCCGUUCGUGUGUCUCUUGUCCUUCUGACACUUAUCAGGAUGAACAUGGACAAAAAUAUUGUAAGACUUGUCCAGUUAAUACAGGAACAUUUGGUAAGACAAGAAUGACAAACCAAGCCAACUGCACAGAUACAAAUCCUCUGCAAGUUAACGACCAAGUAGUUUUCCUGCCUGAAAACAUCAACAACGAAACAAUAGUCGUGAAUGUAACUGUUACUGCAGUUCUGGCUUCCCUUGUUCGACCAUUUAAGUUUUACGUAGAUAAUGUCACACAGCCACGACUACUGUCACGCGAGGUGUCAAGGCGAAAGCGGCGUCGUGUUGAAGUUGAUUCUCAGUGUACACACCCUGAGCUCUGUCCUCAAAUGUUAGUCGAUCUCUGUUUUAAGGCAGGUGCC